AGCCACUUCAAUAAUGUUUUGUUUCUCUCAGUUUCAGCAUCAUGAAGACAUUGCUGUAUUACCACGUUUAUAUGAUUUAUGUUUGGUCCAUACUGGUUGGUAACUUACCAAUGAAAGUAUCGACACAGACGUCACCGCUUUGCGGUCCUGACUGGAUUUACUCCAGUAAUUUCUGUUACCAACUUGUAAGGGAAAAUAAGAAGUGGGAAGAUGCUAGAACUCACUGUCUAGAGAAGAAUGCUGAUCUUUUGUUUUUCUCCAAUAUGGAUGAACUAAACACUUUUAAAGAUGUAUUAAUUGAACUAUACUAUACACCUGGAGAUGCUCCUACACUAUUUUGGAUAGGAGCUAAUGACAGGAUGAACGAAGGUACUUUUGUCUGGGCUGAUAACUCACCAUUAAGUGUUACUAAUUGGUACCCGGGAGAACCGAAUGAUUUAGGAGGAUAUGAAGACUGUGUUGUAAUGAAUUUUCCGCAGUAUGGAUGGAAUGAUGCUGGAUGCAAAAUAUAUACCAUUUUCUUUAUCUGCAAGAAAUAUAUUGAUGAAUGCGCGAGUAAUCCGUGCAAAAAUGGCGGCACAUGUACAAAUAACCAGAAUCAAUUCACGUGUGCAUGUAUGACUGGAUGGACGGGCGAAGAUUGCAAUAUAGAUAUUGAUGAAUGCGCGAGCAGUCCGUGCAAAAAUGGUGGCACAUGUACAAAUAACCAGAAUCAAUUCACGUGUGCAUGUAUGGCUGGAUGGACGGGCGAAGAUUGCGAUACAGAUAUUGAUGAAUGCGCGAGCAGUCCGUGCAAAAAUGGUGGCACAUGUACACAUAACCAGAAUCAAUUCACGUGUGCAUGUAUGGCUGGAUGGACGGGCGAAGAUUGCAAUACAGAUAUUGAUGAAUGCGCGAGCAGUCCGUGCAAACAUGGUGGCACAUGUACAAAUAACCAGAAUCAGUUCACAUGUGCAUGUAUGGCUGGAUGGACGGGCAAAGAUUGCAAUAUAGAUAUUGAUGAAUGCGCGAGCAGUCCGUGCAAAAAUGGUGGCACAUGUACAAAUAACCAGAAUCAAUUCACGUGUGCAUGUAUGGCUGGAUGGACGGGCGAAGAUUGCAAUACAGAUAUUGAUGAAUGCGCGAGCAGUCCGUGCAAACAUGGUGGCACAUGUACAAAUAACCAGAAUCAGUUCACAUGUGCAUGUAUGGCUGGAUGGACGGGCGAAGAUUGCAAUAUAGAUAUUGAUGAAUGCGCGAGCAGUCCGUGCAAAAAUGGUGGCACAUGUACAAAUAACCAGAAUCAAUUCACGUGUACAUGUAUGGCUGGAUGGACGGGCGAAGAUUGCAAUACAGGUACAUAUUUCAAACUGCGCAUUGCACCAAAUAUAUUAGAUAUUGAACUUGGAGACAUAGGCAUAUCACCAGAGCUCAGAUUCAAUGAAAAUGCUUUUAAUACUCCAUAUGGAAAGUCGACACAUUUUGACCCGUAUUUUCAGUUCCGAUGUUCGUUCAAUGUGCUAGCGGAUUUCUAUUACAAGGUUAACUGGUACGUGAACGGGGCCCUUCUAGUUUCAUAUGGCCCUACAACAGACAUAAAUGGCUUACUUUUUCACCAGAGUGUGCUUAUAGACAACAAUAUAAAAAUGGGAUUCGAUAUUACUUGUGGCGUCAGUGCUCUUACAUCUGAUAAUACGGAUGCCGGGGUAACAGAAAUGGUAUUUAGUGCAAGCUUUUUUGCAGGCAUUAAAAUAUCAAAUACAACCAUCAACAUUGAUAAAGGUGACACAGCGGUUCUUCAAAUGACAUCAACAAUGCCAAUAGGCUGCAGAUAUGCCGAUCUACCAGCGGGGGAUGAUUGUAUUGAAAAUUUUCAAAUUUUUAACCGUGAUAAUGAAGACAUACAAUGCGAAGCUGGCGUUGCUAAUUUAGCUGCACUACAACCAAACCAACGAUGCUCAAAUGGUCUGCAGACGCUAAAAAAUGGAUCAACUUGGAACCCUGAUACAGUGUUCAAUUUCUCGAUAGUGACAACAGACAUGAACUAUGAUGAUAAACGGCUUUUUUACCUUUUGUUACAAUUUCCCGAUACAAUGGGUCAUGCGAUUUGGAGGAAUUAUAAAUUUCCAUUGAUUAAGGUUAUCGUAUCUGACAAUGGCGAAUACAAAUCAAAGAUAUGUUACUCUCACGUAGAUCCACAUAUGAGAUCAGCUGACGGCGUAUAUUAUGAUCAACACAAAAAGAACGGUCAGCCUUUUCCUGGUGUGUUCAUGUUAUAUCAUAACACUAAAUAUGGAAUCGAGGUUCAAGAAAAAUCUAAGAUCUGCAGUGGUGUAAGGGCGACGUGUGCCUGUGGUGUUGCUAUUCGAGCCGGUAAAGAUGUUUUCAUGAUUAAUAGGUGUGGCAGUAUAAACUAUAUUGGUUUUACAAAAUGCGAAGACGGUGGAAUUUUACAAGUCGUAAGGAUAAAUGAUUACACAUACGAUGUUUUUACACCAAUUGGUACUAAAAUAACAAUUAGGCUACACGGUUACUUUAUGAACAUUGACAUAACAAUGGCACCUAAAGACUUGCUUAACAUUGAGGGACUAUGUGGCCAGUUUGACAAUAAUCCAGCCAAUGAUUUUCGACAUAGAGACGGAACUAUUUCAGAAAACAAUUCAGCUGAUAAAAACAGCCAUUUUGCAGACUUUACAGAAAGCUGGAGUUUGACUUUGGAUGAAACAAAGCCACUCAACUUAUUUCUUACAGGACAUAGGGAUUUAACCAGUUGGGGUGAUUUAAAUGGUAUGUUUUGUGUCUGUAGCUCUACAUCAGUAGCAGAAGCAGCAUGCUAUCCCACCCAAUAUUUGAAUUGUACAAUGAGCAGAUCAAUAACUGGUACAAAAUGUAAAGUACCAAACAGGAGGAAAAGAAGUGCUAAACAUGACAAAGAAAUAGAAAGAUUACUUCAGUUAAUGUCUUCAACAGAACAAAAUACAGCUGAAAUUAACACUAGGAUCAAGCGUCAAGAUAUCAAUAUAAUUACGGAAACAGCAGCUCAAAAACUGUGUGCAGACAAAAUUUCCGGUAGUCUAGCUGUGCAAGGAUAUUCAGAAGUUAUUGGCAAUGAAGAUCCUGAUGAAGUUAUAAGUCAAUGUACAUUUGAUGUAAUGGUUGGAAACGAUACGUCAUGGGCUCGAGCACAUGUAGAAUCUGUUAAUAAUAUUGUAAAGAAUAUAAUAGAAAGGGAACCUUCAUACACUGCAAAUAACACUGAAAAGGUUAUUACAUUCUUUAAAAAUACAUGCCCUGGAAACUGUAGCAACAACGGUGAAUGUACACACACAAGUGAGUGUGAUUGCUUUGAAUUUUUCCAUGGAGCGGAAUGUGACAUAGAUGAAAGAGAUCCUUUGAUAAUUGACGACAUAGAAGGUGGCGGAGAAUGUGAUCUAGGUGAUGGCGAAGAAUGUAAAUGUUUCCAUAUCAGAUCUUCAAAUAUUCUUGAAGGUUUAAAAUGCAAAGCCAAUGCUUUCAAGAUUUCAGUCACUGGUGAAAGGGAGAUGCAAUACACAAAGUCAUUCAUAGGUGGAUAUGAGGAUAUAUUUACUGGGGUGUGCUGUGUUCAAGACAACAUAAUUGAUACGGAAAGUUUAUUUGUUACGCAAUACGAUUUUUCUAUCAGCAAUAAUGGUUUAACGUACGGAAACUAUAAGAGUCUUUACGUGUUCGACUCAACUUGCCAAGAAGGGGAGUAUACUUCUUUCGAAAACGCAUCAUUCAGCUUAAAGACUGGAUUCUGUUUCAUCAAUGGAUUUUGUACAGCGGAAAAAGAGAUGGCUCCUGUUGGUUGUUUAGCAUGUCAGUCUAUAAAGGAUAAAUAUAACUGGACAGUUUAUAACCCAUGCCAGAAUAGUGGUUCUUGUACUGACGAAACUAACGGCUAUUCUUGCGUUUGCGUUGAUGGAUAUGGCGGGAAGAAUUGUGAAAUCGGUAACGCUUACAUUUUUUUCAAAAGACUAAAUGUAAAGCAAUUUAUCAAAUAA